AUGUACUACCGAAACGCGGAGAGUUCCGGUAAGGCUGACACGAUUAUCAAGGUUGCCCAACCCAGACGAGAGAGCGUCUGCAGCAAGAAGGCUGGAAGAUAGUCAGCAAAGAAGGCUGAAGAUGUUCAGCAAGAGGCUGAAAGAUAGUUCAGCAAGGUAGAGGACGAAAUACUCGCUCUACAUGAUGAAGCUAUGACAGGACCGCCUGUAACGGCUAAAGAGUUAGCCAGGAAGAUAGCUAAAGAUUCUGCGCUGCAAAAGUCAGACUUUACGUGCAAGGUAGAAAACCGUGGCCAGAGAGGGGUCCGGAAGAAAAAGGGCUGAUCCUCACUGAAGAGUUCAGGAUUCGAGCCAAAACCUUGAUGAAAGGUUCGUUAACCUUGCACGAAAGUCGUAUAUACAAAGAUACGAAGGUCAUUAUUGAGUGCACGCAGAAGAGUACACCUUACGUGCAAGAUAGAAGAAGCCGUGGCCAAAGAAGUGGCCGGCAGAAGCGCUAAAACCUCACUGGAGAGUAAAGGAGUAGCGCUGAAAGCUUACUGGAGAGUAAUGAUUCAUAACCUUGCACGAAGGUCGUAUAAUGGAAAGAAUGAAAGUUGUUAGUCCACAUACCUUGAGAAAGGAUAAUAAUGGAAUUACACAGUACACAUGCAGAGAAGUGAGAAUGAAAGGUCUUGCUAGAAUAUAUAUAUGGGUUCCCGAAAGUGUUGAAAGAAUAGAACGGGAAGCUAAAGUUAUACACCAGGUGCUGAAACUGGAAGAGAAGAAACCAGGAAAUCCAUUAAUGUGGAACAUACCGGAGUCACCGUGGCAAAGGAUUCACAUAGAAUACUGUAAACCAACGGUAGACUAUAGGCGAAUAGUAGCGAAAACGGUGGACGGAAGCAUCCGAUAUAUUGUUAUUUUUGUUAAAUAUCGGAUUAUCAGUUUCCGGAAACCGGAAGGGAAACAGAUAGAGGCAAAGUAAAGACAAGUAAAAACGAAAAGUUUUGGCCUAAUAAAAGGGAAGGAGAACAUACCGGACAGAAAUAACACACCUCCAGUUCAUAAAAGGGAGUGGCGACUGACCCAGACAAACAGAAAAUAAGAAAUGCAAAAUAAUCAGGGGUCAUCACGGAAGCGGGAAAACAGAUAAAUCAGCACGAGUUGAUAACGUGGAUAAAAGAAGGUAUAAAAGCCGUCUAAUAUCGUAAAGGGUACAACAAGCCACGAAAACCGCAGCCGCGAAUAUGGCGUCGACGUCCCGAAUCCCGAAGAAGAAGAAGCUAGUCAGCGAGGACGGUCCAUCGGUCAAGCGCCACAAGAGGACUGACGGACGGAAACAGGAAGAGAUACCUUUUAUCCCUGUUUUCGUUCGUCUACAUCGUCUUCAAGAGACCAUGAACCGCCUCAGCGACCAAAUUAAGGUAAUUAAAUAAUAAGAAUAUGAACUUCUCUAAGAAGGAAGGAGUGUUGUGUAUAUAGAAUAAAAGAUAACGUGGGAGAUAAAACCACUAUAUAAAGAGCGGUCUCACAGGCUCUGAACAAUCGCCUCACCGCUGCACCGGAGUCGGACGAUGACAUGCCGGAGCACGACAGUACCCCGCCCUCGGCCGUUGCCUCUACUACUUGA